AUGUCUAUAUGCGAGUUUGAAAACUACCACGGCUUCUAUGUUCCCAAAGAAGGCGUAACCAGAGGUAUAAUCGUUGUACAAGAAUGGUGGGGUUUAAAUGAUAAUAUCAAAGAUCUUACCAAACAACUCGCCGACCAUGGCUUUCACGCCGUUGCUCCCGAUUUGUAUCACGGCAAGACCGCAAAAACAGCCGAUGAAGCCAGCCAUCUAAUGAAUGAACUUGACUGGGAUGACGCUUUGAACAUGAUUGGUGCUGCAGCGCGUUUCUUGAAAUUGAAGGGAGCACAUAAAGCAAGUACUGUUGGCGUGAUUGGUUACUGUAUGGGUGGGGCAGUCGCAAUCGCAGCAGCAGCAAGAGUACCCGAAAUUGAUGCUGCGGCACCAUUCUAUGGUAUACCACCAGCUUCACUCGCUGAUCCUGCAACAAUUAGGGUACCCUUACAGCUGCACUUUGGUGCCAAGGAUGGGUCGCACAUGGCUUCGCCUAAAGCAGUUGAAAAACUGGAAGAAGCAUUAAGGAGCGGUAACGUCGAGUACGAGCUACAUGUAUAUGAUGCCGGACAUGCUUUCAUGAACCAAGCUAGACCUGAAGCUUAUCAUCAAGCGAGUGCAGAAUUGGCAACCGAGAGAGUUCUUACAUUUUUCGCGGAGAAAUUGUAA